AUGGAAAAGGACCCCUCCACUGGCGGCCCACUAACGAACUCUCCAGCUGAACAAUACCUGCGCUCCCCCGCAGAAUCGAGGUCCACCUCAGAUACAGCGUCGAUCCCCUCGUCCAAUCCUGACAGCGAGAAGUUCGCACCUAUACAGACAAACCAGUCCACCCGCAGUCGCAAUCAGACGCUCACCCGCAGAGGUACCGCUGGCAGCAGGCCGCUCACUGACGAUGAGAUCACCCGCGCGCUGUCGCAUCGAACGAGCUCCACAUACCAGGGCGGGUCGGAAGAUAAUGAGGAGGUAGCCAGGCUGGUCUCGCGGAUGUUCGGCCGUGAGCGGAAGGCCAAUUCAGACGAAGAGCAGACGAGGCAUCAAGGUGUUGUAUGGAAAAACUUGACUGUCAAGGGCGUUGGGUUGGGCGCUGCCAUCCAGCCGACAAACGCGGAUAUCUUUCUGGGGCUGCCGAGGUUGAUUAAGGGGCUUCUUACGAGGGGUAGAAAGGGCACAAGUGCGGGCAGUGCGCCGUUGAGGACUAUUCUUGAUGAUUUUACGGUGUGUUCUUAUAGUAUGAUGAGUAGAGCGGAGCUAAUUGUCAAAGGGCUGCGUGCGGCCAGUGUCGAAGGGGAGAUACAUUAUGGAGGAACGGAUGCCGACAUCAUGGCGGACAAAUACCGUUCAGAGGUCUUGUAUAACCCCGAAGACGACCUUCAUUACGCUACUCUUUCGGUGCGAGAGACUCUGAUGUUCGCGCUGAAAACACGAACCCCGGACAAAGACUCGCGGCUGCCUGGAGAGAGCCGGAAGGAAUAUCAAGAAACCUUUCUGUCUACGAUUGCCAAGCUAUUCUGGAUUGAGCACUGUCUUGGAACAAAGGUCGGUGGAGAGAUCGUCCGGGGUGUAUCAGGAGGUGAGAAAAAGCGUGUCUCGAUUGGAGAAGCCCUGGUCACCAAAGCUAGUGUACAAUGCUGGGAUAAUUCUACUAAAGGACUUGACGCAAGCACAGCUUCAGAGUACGUGCAGAGUCUUAGAAGUUUGACCAACAUGGCGCACGCCUCCACUCUCGUGGCUCUCUAUCAAGCCUCAGAAAACCUGUACAAGCAGUUCGACAAGGUUCUGCUGAUCGAGGAUGGGAGGUGCGCAUAUUUCGGACCCGCAGGUCGUGCAAAGGCCUACUUUGAAGACCUUGGAUUUAAAUGUCCACCCCGAUGGACAACUCCGGACUUCCUAACGUCCGUCAGUGAUCCUAAUGCGCGGCGUGUGAAGAAAGGCUGGGAGGACCGUAUUCCCCGCUCAGCGGAAGAUUUUCAACGUGCGUACCGUAGCAGCGAAGACUACAGAGAGAACUUGCUGGAUAUAGAGGAUUUCGAGAGAGAAGUCAAGGAACAUGAGGAUGAACAGGAGGAGGCUCGGAGGCGGGCGCCGAAGAAGAACUAUACUGUGCCAUUCCACCAUCAAGUUAUGAUUCUCACGGAAAGACAGUUCAAGAUUAUGUAUGGUGACAAGGGAACUCUCAUUGGGAAGUGGGCGAUUCUCACCUUUCAGGCGCUCAUCAUCGGAAGUCUGUUCUACAAUCUUCCCAACACCAGAGGAGGCGUGAUGUUCUUUGUGCUGCUUUUCAACGCUUUGCUCGCUCUCGCAGAACUGACGGACGUCUUUACCCACCGUCCUGUUAUGCUGAAGCAUAAGAGUUUCUCCUUCUAUCGACCUUCUGCCUACGCUGUCGCCCAAGUAGUGGUCGAUGUACCUAUAAUCUUUAUCCAGGUCACGCUGUUCGAGCUGAUCGUAUACUUUAGCAUGGCCAAUCUACAGAGGACAGCAUCUCAGUUCUUCAUCAACUUCUUGUUCAUCUUCAUUCUUACAAUGACCAUGUAUUCAUUCUUUAGAACUAUCGGGGCUUUUUCAGCGUCUUUAGAUGUUGCCACUCGCCUCACGGGCGUCGCUAUUCAGGCCCUAGUCGUAUAUACAGGCUAUCUCAUUCCACCAUGGAAGAUGCAUCCCUGGUUGAAAUGGCUAAUCUGGAUCAACCCGGUUCAAUAUGCUUUUGAAGGCAUCAUGACCAAUGAGUUUUACAAUAUGGACAUAAAAUGCAUACCACCGAAUAUAGUGCCAGAUGGCCCCGAUGCGCAGCCUGGCCACCAGGCUUGCGCUGUCCAGGGAAGUGAGCCGGAUCAGCUGGUCGUUCAAGGGUCAAAUUAUGUCAGCGCCGCUUUCACAUACAGCCGGUCUCAUCUUUGGCGCAACUUUGGCAUUAUCAUAGGCUUCUUUGUCUUCUUCGUCGCCACAGCGAUGAUCGGGAUGGAACUGCAGAAGCCAAACAAGGGCGGGAGCUCGGUAACAAUUUUCAAGAGGGGCGAGGCACCGAAGGAGAUUGAAAAAGCGGUUGAACAGAAGGAGAAGCCGAAUGAUAUUGAGUCCGGGUCUCGUAAUGACACCACAGAUACCGUGGGCUCAGAUGACGGCCAAGCGGUUGAAGGCAUUGCGCGAAGUGAAUCAGUCUUUACCUUCCAGAAUGUGAACUAUACCAUUCCUGUUAGUGGCGGAAAGAGGCAGCUUCUGAAAGACGUCCAAGGAUAUGUUCGUCCCGGUCGUCUUACUGCGCUUGUUGGAGCUUCUGGUGCAGGGAAAACAACUCUUCUCAAUGCACUCGCCCAGCGAUUAGACUUUGGCGUUGUCACAGGGGACUUCCUGGUUGACGGAAAACCCCUUCCUCGCAGCUUCCAGAGAGCGACUGGGUUCGCCGAACAACAAGAUAUCCAUGAGCCAACCGCUACUGUCCGAGAAUCUCUGAGGUUUUCUGCUCUCCUGCGCCAGCCUCAAGAAGUCCCCAUCGAAGAGAAGUACGAUUACUGCGAGAAAAUUAUCGACCUGCUAGAAAUGCGGCAGAUCGCUGGGGCCACAGUCGGUGCUGGCGGGACUGGACUGAACCAAGAGCAGCGAAAGAGACUUACCAUCGCAGUUGAGCUGGCGAGCAAGCCGUCGCUGCUGUUGUUCUUGGACGAGCCAACCUCAGGCUUAGACUCGCUUGCCGCUUUCAAUAUCGUUCGAUUCCUCCGCCGUCUUGCAGACGCCGGGCAAGCAAUUCUUUGCACAAUCCACCAGCCGUCAGCUGUAUUAUUCGAGAUGUUCGAUGACCUGAUCCUUCUCCAGAGCGGCGGUCGAACAGUCUACAACGGUGAACUGGGCCAAGAUUCGUCCAGAUUGAUUGAAUACUUUGAGCAAAAUGGUGGUAAAAAGUGUCCACCUGAUGCCAAUCCUGCAGAGUAUAUGCUUGAGGUUAUCGGCGCCGGAGAUCCAAACUACAAAGGCCAGGACUGGGGCGACGUCUGGGCCAACUCAGAGAACUGCAAGAAGCUCUCCGACGAAAUUAACAAGGUGGUUGAAAUGCGCCGGAACAAUGAGAAAGAACGAAAUAAAGACGAUGACCGUGAAUACGCAAUGCCAAUAUGGGUACAGAUUCUGGCUGUUACCAAGCGCUCUUUCACUGCGUAUUGGAGGACACCCCAGUACAACAUCGGUAAAUUCGCUCUUCAUAUAUUUACCGGCCUCUUCAACACCUUCACUUUCUGGCAUCUUGGCAACAGCUAUAUUGACAUGCAGUCUCGCCUAUUCUCCAUCUUCAUGACGCUCACCAUCUGCCCACCCCUAAUUCAGCAGCUCCAGCCGCGCUACCUGCAUUUCCGCGCUCUGUACGAAUCACGCGAAGCAAAUUCGAAGAUCUACAACUGGACUGCUUUUGUCACGUCUGCUAUCCUCCCUGAGUUACCGUAUUCGAUCAUCGCAGGCUCGAUUUAUUUCAACUGCUGGUACUGGGGCAUCUGGUUUCCCCGCGACUCCUUCAGCUCGGGCUUCACAUGGAUGCUCCUAAUGCUCUUCGAGCUUUUCUAUGUCUCUUUCGGACAGUUCAUUGCCGCGAUAUCACCAAACGAACUUCUCGCAUCUCUGCUAGUCCCAUGCUUCUUCACGUUCAUCGUCGCCUUCUGCGGCGUUGUGGUCCCCUACAUGGCCAUGCCCCAUUUCUGGCAGUCAUGGAUGUACUGGCUCACGCCCUUCCACUACCUCCUAGAAGGGUUCCUAGGCGUGCUAGUUCAUGACGUCCCCAUGGAGUGCGUGGAGCGCGAAGAAACACUAUUCUCCCUUCCACCCGGCCAAGACUCCUGCCAAAGAUAUGCAGGCAGCUUCCUUAGCCAAGCAACCGGGUACGUUCGGGACGUGGGAAAUGGAAUGUGUGCGUACUGUAUGUUCAGCGACGGAGACCAGUUCGCGGCGAACAACUUCAAUGUCUAUUAUAACCACAAGUGGCGCGAUUAUGGCAUCUUUUGGGCGUUUGUGAUGUUUAAUUUCGCGGCCGUGUUUGUUCUCUCUUGGCUUUAUUUGCACGGAGUCAACGAUAUGAAGAAAUGGCUUAGUAGGAGGAAAGCGAAGAAGAGCGGGCUGCAGAGCUAGAGUGGUAUAACGUUUUGUGAACGGUGGCCGUACCGGAACCGCCUGACAGAAUCAUCCUCUUCUAGCUGUCAGUCUUACUUUUGGGGUUAAAGUUUGUUUGAUUAGACUGCCAGAUAGUCAACGCAAAUAGAUAUCUCAUAUGCUUAUUGUUUA